AUGUCGACCGUGAAGGGGUACCGCACGACAAUCUCCCACAGGCCAGAACGCUGGGAUAACCUCCCUGAGGCAGUAAACUCGAUCCCUGGAAUUUGGGCACACCAGAUGACUUUCAUGGCCGGCCCGCACAACUGCAUCGGAUUCAGAUUCACUUUAGUCGAGCAGAAGGCGAUCUUGUUCAGCCUCCUCCGAGCAUUCGAAUUUUCACCGGGUGCCGAGCGUGUCGAGCCUGUUUUGAGUGGUCCUCUUCAGCGCCCAGUUUCUUUUGUGCCCGAGAAAUCCGGUUUCGUUUCAACCGGGACUCUGCCAAUUACUGUCAGCGCGUAUAACGCUGAACUGUGAUCGAGCAAUAAUUGGUCGCUCAUAAUUAGGGAACGGGUGUCCUAUCGUCCAAGAGUAGUAGAUGCACGAGAUAUAUCCUGGGUUUUGC